CUGUCCUGAUGGUGGUUGGGGUUGUCCGUUGUCGGGAGUCGCUCCGCCUUUCUCUUCCCGCUCCGGUCUUGGCGGGGCUGGCCGGUACCUCCCCACGACUCAGCUCCUUCUCCUGCGUGAUAGUUACUACGUUCACCUUCCCUGGGGACAUCAGUCAGAGCUGAGAGAUGUUGAGGUGGUUGCUGGGAGGAAGAGACGUGCAGGAGCCAGUGGAGAAGUCUCUGGUCCUCUGCAUAGGUGAUGAACAGAUACAGAAUCCCUAUACAGAACUACAGGUACUAAAAGGCCACAGUGAUAUUGUUCGCUUCAUGGCAAGGAUUGAUGAUCUCAGGUUUGCUUCAGCAGGGGAUGAUGGUGUCGUGUUUGUGUGGAAUGUCCAGACUGGAGAAAGAAUUCAUGAACUUCGAGGCCAUUCUAGACCAAUCACAGCAAUUGCUGUCUUUCCAUCAGUCCAUCAUUUACCGCCAGAAAAUCGCCAACUUCUAACGGCCUCUUCUGAUAAGACGGUCAUUAUUUGGGAUUUACACACUGGCAGCCAAAUCUAUUCACUGACGGAAUUUCAGUCCUCUGUUAAGUGUCUGAUGAUUAUCGAAAGACUUGACGUGUGGUUGUCUGGAGCAGAUAAAGUAUGCACUUGGAACUGUCAAGCAGAAUUGCUCUGCAAAACAACUUGCUUUAAAGAUGCAGAUGUAAGCUCGAUGAUAGAACUACCAAAAAACAGCAUUGCUACAGCGGUCAGGAAGGAUAUAGUUAUUUUCAAGUUGACGCCAUUGUCAUCAGAAUCUCAGACUUGGGAAAUUAUUGAGAUGAGAAGACUGUCAAACCAUGAAGAUGAUAUCAGGGCAUUAAUCAGUGUAAAUGAUAAUACAUUUGCAACUGGAUCCCACGUGGGUGAGUUAAUAAUUUGGGACAGCCUGGAUUGGUCAGUUCGAGCAUCUGAAUCUCAGUUCUGGAAUUCUGCCCAACAGUCUGAUAAACCAGCUGAAAUAAAAAUAUCAUUAACCUCAAACCAGCAUGAAACCUGCAUCCAUCAUCUGUCUUCAGAUAGAGAGAAUGUUUUUGCUGCCAUUGGAACUGGAAUUUAUGUGUAUAAUCUUCAAACAAAAACGGUGAUCGCGUACCAGCAAGUGGCACAUGAUUCACGCGUGUUGCACAUUGCAAAGUUACCAAACAACCAAUUGGUAUCCUGCUCUGAGGAUGGCAGUGUUCGCCUCUGGGAAUUGCAGGAGCUGCCACCAGCUGAGCCAGCCACAUCAGGGCUUUUUAGCAUGUGGGGAAUUGGCAGACCAAACAAGCAGCAAAACCAAAUGGCAAAACGCAAGUUGGAAUGUUCUGUCUUAAAGACUCUGGAGUUAACUGGUGAUUUGAUUGGCCAUUCAGGUGCAGUGCGAAUGUUCCUAUAUUUUGAAGGCCAUGGAAUGGUAACCUGUUCUACAGAUCACCUUGUCAUUUUAUGGAAAGAUGGAGAAAGGGAAUCAAAGUUGAGAAGCAAGGCAUUAUUCCAAAAAUUGGAGCGGGAAGAACAAUACGAUGCUUAACAUUUGAGAUAAUUGUGAAACAUAUAAAAUGAACAUUGCAUGAUGGCACUAAUGACUUUAAGGGCCCUGCAGCAAGUGUAUUUGUAUAAAUCUUCACAAUGUUAAUACUUCAAAGACUUGUUUACAUACUAAAGCUGUAAAUGUGAAAUGGUAAUUUAGAUUGUAAAUUGUAAAUCUCUUUUCUGCUAAGCACUGACCUCUUACCUUUUUGAAUUUACAUAACCUUUUAAUGUUGCAAAUAGUUUACCAACAUAUAAUGUUGCUAAUAUGAUUUUUGCAAGGUUACUUCUUUACUCAGUGUACGGAAUAGAAACAUUGUACCAUAAAAGUUCUGGCAAUAAUUUGUCAUAGAAAGGAAGUUUGCAAUAUUUUAAAAUAUUUUUGGCCUAAAUAUUUUUUUUGGCUAGCUGUGUAACAAUUGAAAUUAUGUAUUGUGUUAAAUAUAUGAUUUUGCAUGUUUGAAAAGUUCCAUGUUGUUAAAGUCAGAGGCCUGACAAACUAUUUACAUCCACAGAAAUGUUUUCAAGGAUUUGUUUGUGCUGUAAAUUGUCUGGUGGAAAUGAUUUGGUAAGUCCAAUACUUAAUGUUGCCUGCACGUGGAACUAAAAUGACUAGUGUUUACCCAGAUAAUUUUGUCUGAUUAGUACCAUUGUCUACCUGCUCCACUAGUCUAUCAGUGGUUUCCUUUACUAAAUAAGUACAGAAGAAACUUUCAAUUAGAUUAAAUCAAAUCAGAUGAGCUUGGUUGAAAGACUUGCAACCUAUUUAUUUCCCUAUAUCUAAAAAACUAAACCUACCAAUUGAACAUUUUAAUGGUGUACCUGGCUGAUCAGGUCUAGUUUAAUUAUGCUGAAGAUCUAGUGUAGCUUCAGUACAACCUUCUUGCCAAAGCCAAGAGUGUUGGUGUCUGAAUGAAGCUUGAUGUUAAAGCUGCUGUGUAGGGAAUUGGACAAAAGGUGACCAAAUUUAUUUUAUAUUGUCUUAACAAAUAGUAAUCUUACAAUAUGUAGAUUGUGUCCAGUAAGGCAGUGGCCUGGAUGGAAAAUAUAUUUGCAAAUUUCUGUACUGUACCUUGACUACACUAUGAAAUCAUAAUAGUUGUUACUUAGGAUAUCAUUAAAAGGGCACAUAGACAAAGUGUUUGUCACUGCCGGUUAACCUGAAAAUGAACUAUUUCAAAUGUGGAGUCUAUCAGGUUUUAAUUGUUGGAGACAUUUUAAUUAAAAUUUUUAAAACA